AUGAAUUCGAGACAAAUAUUGAAACUUUUUGUUCAAGUGAAACCUGUUAGCGAGAACAAAAAUUUGCGUGCUAAAAAGAGGGUAUACUUAAAUGUGGAAGUCUUACGUGAGAGCAAUAUCCGUACUGGUGAUUACAUUUUUGUCAAGAAAAAUGAAUCUACGUCUGAGUUAAAUGUCGGAUCUCGUUCACACAUCAAAGAAAUACAAUUAAAUCCUCUGCAAUGUGAAAAUGCUGAUCUUCAAAUUGGUGACUCUGUUUCUAUUUCUCGAAUUAACUGCGCAAUUAUAAGGGCUUCAAAAGUUGUCUUGGAAUCGCUUGGAGUUAUAGACAUUCCAAUUGAUCAGAUGUUGAAUAUAUUUGCAAAAGAAACCUUGAGAAGUCGUAUUGAGUUUCAAUAUCAUGGGAUGAUCAGGUCGUUUCGCGUUGUUAAUAUUAUCCCUAUGAAAGAAUUCACAAAGGGUAGUGUGGAAACGGUCAUCUAUUCAAUUACAAAAGAAACGGCUAUUACUAUCUUACCAAAUGAAAAUGCGAAAAUCGAUGACUCGACGAAGAUUAAUAAAAUCGGGUACGAUAGCAUUGGAGGAUUAUCUGAACAAAUUCGAAUAGUACGCGAGAUGGUUGAGAACUCAUUAAACAACCCCGAAUUAUUUACGCAGUAUGGACUGCGACCACCAAAAGGGAUACUCUUAUAUGGUCCUCCUGGGACCGGUAAAACAUUGAUUGCACGUGCUGUCGCUUCAGAAACUGAGGCGCAUGUGAUAUGUGUGAACGGGCCAGAAAUAACGAGCAAAUUUUAUGGAGAAACUGAAGCGAAGUUAAGAGAUAUAUUUAAUGAAGCGGUCGAGAAUGCUCCAUCAAUCAUUUUUAUUGAUGAGAUUGAUGCAUUAUGUCCCAAACGUGAUGAGGUUAGCAAUGAAUUAGGAAAACGUAUUGUAGCAACUCUCUUGACAUUAAUGGACGGUAUUUUCAAUAAGAAAAUUGUCGGAUUGCAAGAUCGAAUAAUAGUCAUUAGUGCAACAAAUCGCCAAAAUGCAAUAGACGAAGCGUUGAGAAGGCCUGGAAGGUUUGAUCGUGAAAUAGAGAUUGGAAUUCCAAACGCUACGUCUCGCUUUUCCAUAUUAUUGACACUAUUACAAAAAGUACCACAUAUCUUAUCUCCUGAAGACAUUAAUGGGCUAGCAAUUAAAUUACAUGGGUAUGUUGGAGCUGAUCUUGCAGCCGUUUGUCGAGAGGCAGGAUUGAAGGCAGUCAAACGGUGUGUUAAACAUUGUCAACAAAUAGAGGAUGUCAAAAUUACCAUACAAGACAUGGAGGCCGCGAUAGGUGAAAUUCGGCCUAGCGCUAUGAGAGAGAUCCUCCUUGAAGUACCUAAAGUUUAUUGGUCGGAUAUUGGUGGUCAAAAGGAAAUUAUACAAAAAUUAAAAGAAUCAAUUGAAUGGCCUUUGCAACAUCCCGAAGCAUUUUCUAGGCUUGGUAUAAAACCACCGAAAGGAAUUUUGCUAUACGGGCCUCCGGGCUGUAGUAAAACUUUAAUGGCUAAGGCUCUGGCUACAGAGGCAGGUUUAAAUUUUAUUGCCAUAAAGGGUCCUGAGCUAUUUAGCAAAUGGGUGGGCGAAUCAGAGAAAGCUGUUCGAGAAGUAUUUCGUAAAGCUCGUGCUGCUUCGCCUUCGAUAAUCUUUUUUGAUGAAAUAGACGCUCUUACGGUUAAGCGUGGUACUAAUAGUGAUGGCGGAAUUUCGGUUGCAGAUCGCGUUUUAUCACAAUUGCUAAAUGAACUAGAUGGUAUUGAGCCGUUGGUGAAUGUGACAGUGGUAGCAGCAACCAACCGUCCAGAUAUUAUUGAUAAUGCUCUGUUAAGACCUGGACGUAUUGAUCACAUAUUAUAUGUAAGCCCGCCAGACUUAUCGUCUAGAAGAGAAAUUUUUCGAAUUCAAUUGAAAAAAAUGUCAUGCACCAUGGACGUUGAUAUUGAAGAAUUAGCAACUGAGACAGAUGGAUGCUCAGGUGCUGAAAUUAUAUCAAUUUGUCAGGAUGCAGCUUUAUGUGCAAUGGAUGAGAAUCUUGAAGCAAAAGAGGUGCGUCGGGAACAUUUCAUGAAGGCUUUGUCGUCUUUUACACGCCGUAUCACGCCAGAAAUGAUCCAAUUCUAUGAUAAAUUUCGUCAAAAAUCUGGGUUACGCAAUAUUUAA